AUGGCCACGGCGGCACUCAAUCUCGACUUCCUCGACUUGCCCAGCGAGCGUGAGGACAACCAGCUUCAAAAUGAGGUGCUGGACGUAGACAGAUUCACUCUGCCUGCUGUCAGCAACCCCGCCUCCUUCCUUACCGAUACUUUCCAAGAGACCCAAGCCGAGCCCAUCAAAAUGCUGCACGGAACCACUACCCUCUCCUUUGUCUUCCAGGGUGGCAUCGUUGUCGCUGUCGACUCUCGUGCCACGCAAGGAACCUACAUUGCCUCGCAGUCAGUGCAGAAGGUGAUCAGGAUCAACCCCUUCCUUCUGGGCACCAUGGCCGGUGGUGCCGCCGAUUGCUCCUACUGGGAGCGCGAGCUCGGCAGGAGGACGCGACUCUACCAGCUGCGCAACAAGGAGCGCAUGACCGUCGCCGCCGCCUCCAAGGUCCUCUCCAACAUCCUCUACUACUACCGCAACCAGGGCCUCUCCGUCGGCUCCAUGAUCUGCGGCUGGGACAAGCGGGGUCCCAACAUCUUCUACGUGGACAGCGACGGCACACGCCUGAAGGGCGACAAGUUCUCGGUGGGCUCGGGCGGCACCUACGCCUAUGGUGUGAUGGACGCCGGCUACCGCUUCGACCUCACCGUCGAGGAGGCCUGCGAGCUCGGCAGGCGCGCCAUCUUCCACGCUGCCCAUCGCGAUGCCUACUCGGGCGGUACCAUCAACGUGUAUCACAUUUCGGAGCAGGGCUGGAAGCACAUCUCGGCGCAGGACAGCAACGACCUCUACUACGAGCAGUACGGCCUGGCGGCCAGGGAGAAGGCCGAAAAGGAGAUGAACGAGUGA